AGGUUAGAAAUAUCCCAGCAUGCCCGGUAGUGAAGAGUGAUGAAGCCAAGAUGGCAGCACGGCCAAGGAUACUAAUGUUGUUUCUGCGCGGUCAGGAAAAAUACAGAGCGCAGAUCAAAACAAAGGUGGACGCUAGACGUUUAUGAACGAUAUUCAAGGAGUCGUUUAAUGACGUACGACAACACUGCGUGACAUGAUAUGUAGAUCGAACAGAAGACGGCUCCGAUUUGGAGGCUUAUUUAGUUAUCGAUAGCUAGUUAGCAAUCGAUAGCUAACUCAUAAGCUGGUUGUUAUAGCAGUGACACAACGUUACCGUUUUAUGUUGUGAGGUUUGGAGAUACUAGAUGCGGCAGCUGCAGAUUACGCAAGUUCACAGAUGUUUUUGAGAGCUUGCUACAAACUUUGGUUCCCCAGCUACUGAUGUUUUUAAUGUAACGUUAACGUUUAUUGGGUCAAUAUAUGCAUUGUUCUGAGGGAUGAUGUAUGCUGCUGCAGCGGCAGCGGGAGCCGGUGGAGGAAUUCUGUCGACCUCAUCCUCUGUAGGCCUGGGCGUCAGGGUCAUCUCAGGAGCUGGGACCGAUUUCUCUACUGUUGGUUCAGUCAUGGACUCUCAUCCUACUCCUGGGGCCCUGUCAGGUUGUCGGAGCAGUUACCACCUUCUCUCAGGGCGAGCUUUGGCGGACAGUUACCGGAGGAUUUAUACCACCGCUAUCGGCGACAAAGAGCAAGGAAUAAACCAAGGGAGAGGAAAGAAACCUUUGAGUAAGAAGAAACUGAAGAAGCGGCAGAAAGUCAAGUCAAAGGUCCGAACAAGAACAAAGACAGAGGGCUUGGAUGGGGCCUUUUCUGUGUCCGAUAUCAAGCUCCACAGCAACCCUUCGGCCUUCAAUGUUUACUGCAAUGUACGGCACUCCGUGCUGGACUGGCAGCAGAAGGAGGCCUCCCUUACGCUGGCCUCACACAACUCUGUGCAGAGUGGUGACUCGGACAGCGAGGAAGAGGAGGAGUACCAUGAGCCCACGGUCAAACUCCCCAAGAUCAUUGGCAUUGGGCUAUGUGGAGUGUUUGAGCUGAUAAAGGAGACACGCUUUUCGCAUCCUUCUCUGUGCUUGCGGAGUUUACAGGCCCUGUUGGACAUGCUGCAGGGCCAGCAGCCCGAGGGCUUCCAGACUGAACCGCCAGACGUCCUAGAGUCCCUUUUCAACCUGCUCCUGGAGAUAACAGUGCGGAGUACUGGGGUGAAUGACCCCACAGGGCAGGCCCUGACAGCGCUCUCCUGUGCCUGCCUCUUCAGCCUAGUGGUGGCCUGGGGGGACACCGGCAAAAUCCUACAGGCUGUGUCAACAAUCCUCACCAACAACGGCAGUCAUGCCUGCCAGACUAUAAAGGUGCCAUCCAUCCUCAAUGCGCUCCAGAGGAGCGUGCAGGCGGUGCUGGUGGGCAAGAUCCAGAUCCAGGACUGGUUUGGGAACGGCAUUAAGCACGCGGCCCUCAUGAACAAGUGGAUGCUGAGGGAGCUGAGCAUCGAUGAGGACGAGCGCUGCCUGCUGCAGACCGACGGCUCUUUUCUCUACUUGCUCUGCAAGGAUGGGCUCUUCAAGUUGGGGUCGGGAUAUAGUGGCACCGUGCGGGGCCAUGUGUAUAACUCCACCUCACGCAUAAGAAACUGGAAGGACAAGAAAUCAUGGCUGGGAUUUGCUCAGGACUGCCUGCUGUAUUGUGACAUGAGUAGUCCCAAUGUGACUGCCCUCAGGAUCAACCCUGAGACACUAGAACAAGAGGGAACCUUCACCAUGCCAGGUCUGCAAACAGAUGGACAGAACAUUGUUUUCACUGAUGGAGAGCAUAUCAAUCAGAUUGCUGCCUGCAAAGAUGAUGGCUUUGUGGUACGCAUUUAUGCUGCCAGCUCAGACCUGGCUCUGCAGCAAGAACUGCAGCUGAAGCUGGCCAGGAAGUGUCUCCAUGCCUGUGGCAUCUCGCUCUUCGACCUAGAGAAGGAGCUGCACAUCAUCAGCACAGGAUUUGAUGAAGAGGCAGCAUUGCUCGGAGCGGGCAGGGAGUUUGCAUUGAUGAAGACCGCCUCAGGAAAGAUCUACUACACAGGGAAGUACCAGAGCCUUGGUAUCAAACAAGGUGGCCCCUCAGCUGGUAAAUGGGUGGAAUUACCAAUUACCAAAUCACCCAAGAUUGUGCAGUUCUCCGUGGGCCAUGAUGGCUCUCACGCCCUCUUGGUAACAGAAGAUGGAAGCGUCUUCUUCACGGGCCUGGCCAGUAAGGGGGAGGAUGGAGAGACAACCAAGAGUCGCAGGCAGCCAAAGCCUUACAAGCCCAAGAAAAUGAUCAAGCUGGAGAGCAAGAUAGCCAUCUGCACAGCCUGCAACAAUGGCAGCAGCAGCAUCAUCACUAAGGAUGGCGAACUGUACAUGUUUGGGAAGGAUGCUAUUUACAGUGACAGUUCCUGUCAAGUCACCGACCUGAAGGGCCAUUUUGUAACUCAGGUAGCUAUGGGCAAGGCUCACACCUGUGUUCUCACCAAGAGUGGAGAGGUCUGGACCUUUGGAGUGAACAACAAGGGUCAGUGUGGCCGAGACACAGGAGUCAUGACCCAGGCUGGGAAAGUGUUCGGAGUAGAGAACAUGGCUACCGCCAUGGAUGAGGACCUGGAGGAUGAGUUGGAGGAGAAGGAGGAGAAGUCUGUGAUGUGCCAGCCGGGCGUGCACAAGUGGAAGCUGGACCAGUGUAUGGUGUGCACCGUGUGUGGAGACUGCACCGGGUAUGGGGCCAGCUGUGUCAGUAGUGGGCGGCCAGACCGGGUGCCUGGAGGCAUCUGUGGCUGUGGCUCGGGUGAGUCGGGGUGCUCGGCCUGCGGCUGCUGUAAAGCCUGCGCUCGAGAGCUGGACGGCCAGGAGGCCAGACAGAGGGGCAUAUUUGACGCCGUGAAGGAGAUGAUACCUUUGGACCUGCUGUUAGGUGUGAACAUCGAGGAGCACAUCCAGAUACGGCAAGAGGAGAAGAGGCAGCGGAUCAACCGCCGGCACCGGUUGGAGGAGGGCCGAGAUGGUAGCAGUGAGCGUGGAGACAAAGAUGCCAGUAAGAUCACAACCUAUCCUCCUGGGGCCGUGCGCUUCGACUGUGAACUGCGUGCCGCACAGGUCAGCUGUGGCUUCCACCACUCAGUGGUAUUGAUGGAGAAUGGGGAUGUGUACACAUUUGGCUACGGGCAGCAUGGACAACUUGGGCACGGAGAUGUGAACUCCAGAGGGUCUCCCACCCUAGUACAGGCUCUGCCUGGGACCAGUGUCCAGGUGACAGCAGGCAGCAAUCACACAGCUGUUCUACUCACAGAUGGACAAGUCUUCACCUUUGGAAGCUUCUCGAAAGGGCAACUUGGUCGGCCCAUUUUAGACAUCCCGUACUGGAAUGCUAAACCUUCCCCUAUGCCCAACAUCGGGGCCAAGUAUGGCCGCAAAGCAACAUGGAUCGGUGCCAGUGGAGACCAGACAUUCCUUAGAAUAGAUGAGGCACUCAUCAACUCUCAUGUUCUUGCCACUUCUGAGGUCUUUGCCAGCAAACAUAUUAUUGGUCUGGUGCCAACCUCCGCCUCAGAGCCACCUCCCUUUAAAUGCCUGUUGAUCAACAAGGUGGACGGCAGCUGCAGAACCUUUAAUGACUCGGAGCAGGAGGACCUGCAGGGAUUUGGACUGUGCUUAGAUCCAGUCUAUGAUGUCAUCUGGAGGUUCUUGCCUGCCACGCGGGAGAUGUGGUGCUACAAUGCUGUCAUUGCCGAUGCACGUGUGCCUGCAACCUCAGACAUCCAAGGGCGCUGUAGUAUCCUCAGCCCUGAGCUCGCUCUGCCUUCAGGCCCCCAGGCCACCACCACACGCUCCCAUGGGGCCCUGCACAUCUUAGGGUGUCUGGACACAUUGGCUGCCAUGCAAGAGCUAAAGAUCGGUGUGGCCUGCUCUGAGGAGGAGACUCAGUCUGUGAUGAAGGUCUACUCCAAGGAGGACUACAGUGUUGUAAACCGCUUUGAGAGUCACGGAGGAGGCUGGGGUUACUCGGCUCACUCCGUGGAGGCCAUUCGGUUCUGUGCAGACACAGAUGUCCUGCUGGGUGGGCUUGGUUUGUUUGGUGGCCGUGGAGAGUACACUGCUAAAAUCAAGCUGUUUGAACUGGGUCCAGACGGGGGGGACCAUGAAACAGACGGAGAGCUCUUAGCUGAGACGGACGUGCUGGCCUACGACUGUGCUGCCAGGGAGAAAUAUGCCAUGAUGUUUGAUGAGCCGGUGCUGCUGCAGCAAGGGUGGUGGUAUGUGGCCUGGGCGCGUGUGUCUGGCCCAAGUAGUGACUGUGGCUCACACGGCCAAGCCACCAUUACCACUGACGACAGUGUGAUGUUUCAGUUCAAGAGCUCGAAGAAGUCCAACAAUGGGACGGACGUGAACGCAGGCCAAAUACCUCAGUUGUUGUAUAGGUUACCAUCUAAUGAUGGCAACACAGCCAAGGGGAAGCAGCAGACCAGCGAGCCAGUUCACAUCCUGAAACGCUCUUUUGCCAGGACUGUUUCAGUGGAGUGUUUUGAAUCCUUGCUGAGUAUCUUGCACUGGAGCUGGACCACACUUGUGCUCGGUGUGGAAGAACUGCGGGGGCUAAAAGGCUUUCAGUACACAGCCACCCUGCUGGAUCUGGAGCGCCUGCGCUUUGUGGGGACCUGCUGCCUGCGUCUGCUGCGUGUUUACAUCUGUGAGAUAUUCCCCAUAUCAGCCACAUCAAAGGCAGUGGUAGAGGAGUCAAGCAAGCUGGCAGAGUGUGUCGGUAAGACACGCAGCUUGCUGAAGAAGAUCCUAUCGGAGGGCAUGGACAACUGCUUGACCAAGCUAGAUAAUGACCCCGAGGGCUACCUCAGCCAGCCUCUCAUACUCCUGGAAGCUGUCCUGCAGGAGUGCCACAACACCUUCACUGUCUGCUUUCACUCUUUCUACCCCACCCCUGCCCUCCAGUGGGCCUGCCUGUGUGACCUGCUCAACUGCCUGGAUCAGGACAUCCAAGAAGCGAAUUUCCGUACCUCAAGCAGCCGUUUGCUUGCAGCGGUGAUGUCAGCAUUGUGCAAUUCUUCAGUGAAGCUGACCUCUAUCCUGCCAAUUGCUUAUGAUGGUGAGGUACUACUUCGCUCACUGGUCAAGCAGGUGAGCACGGAGAAUGACUCAGCCCUUGCUCAUCGCUUCCCCCUGCUGGUGUCCCAUAUGGAGAAGCUCAGCCACAAUGAAGAGAACUUGAUGGGCAUGACAAGCUUCCGUGAGGUUCUUGAGAAAAUGCUGGUGAUUGUGGUACUGCCAGUAAGGAAGACCCUGAGGAAAGAGGUGGAGCUCUUCUCCCCUCACUUGGUAUCCAACACCUGUGGAUUGCUGGCCAGCAUCGUCAGUGAACUCACUGCCUCAGCUCUUGGCUCUGAGAUGGACGGGCUAAACUCUCUGCAUUCGGUGAAGUCCUCCCCGAGCCGCUUCACGAAGAUGAGCCAGGGCCGGAGCUGGAACACAGGCAACGGCUCCCCGGACGCCAUCUGCUUUAGUGUUGACAAGCAAGGCGUGGUGCUGGUGGGGUUCUGCGUCUACGGUGGAGGUGGCAUUCAUGAGUACGAGUUGGAGGUGCUUGCUGAUGACGCCCAGACCGAGCACCCAGGAGAUUCGGCCCACUCCCACAGGUGGACGUCCCUGGAGCUGGUCAAAGGCACCUAUAGCACAGACGAUUCUCCCAGUGACAUUGCUGAGAUCAGGCUUGAUAAAGCCAUCCCUCUCAAGGAGGGUGUGAAAUAUGCUGUCCGCCUGCGAAACUACGGCAGUCGCACUGCUAACGGUGAUGGUGGGAUGACCACGGUGCAGUGCUCUGAUGGAGUCGCGUUCACCUUCAGCACCUGCAGUCUCAGCAGCAAUGGCACCAACCAAACACGAGGACAAAUCCCUCAGAUCCUCUAUUAUAGAAGUGAAUACGACGGUGACCUGCAGUCUCAGAUUUUGAGUAAAGCCAACGAAGAGGAUAAAAAUUGCAGCCGAUCUUUGUCUGUGGUUAGUGCAGUCAUCCGAGCUGCAAAAGACCUUCUUCACAGGGCAUUCGCAGUAGAGGCAGAAGAUAUCCCAGACCUCCUGAGCUCCUCCAGUCUCUUCUCCAUGCUUCUCCCCCUCAUUCUAGCCUACAUCGGCCCGGUUGCUGCCUCUGUCCCCAAGGCUGCUGUGGAAGUCUUUGGUCUGGUUCAAGAGCUGCUCCCAGCAGUGUCUGCCUUGAAUCAGAAGUAUGCCCCACCUACGUUCAACCCUAACCAGUCAACAGACAGCACUACGGGCAAUCAGCCAGACCAGGGCCUAUCAGCAUGUACUACAUCCAAUCACUAUGCUGUCAUUGAGAGUGAUCAUCCCUACAAGCAGGCCGGAGUCACUCAGUACAAGGUGUCCUUCCCAGACUGUGUGCGAUGGACAACAAUUGAGUUCGACCCCCAAUGUGGUACAGCUCAGCCAGAGGAUGUGCUGCGUCUGUUCAUCCCUAGCCGUUCUCUUCAGUUGUCUAGCCUGGCCUUAAAACCACUCGUCCAUGAAGCCAUCAACUCUUGGACUGAGCUCAAAAGGUUUUUUGGCUCCACUGGGUGGCCGACUUCAGUUUUGGUUCUACCAGGAAACGAGGUCCUGUUUUCCCUGGAGACUGCGUCAGAUUAUGUGAAAGAUGAGAAGGCCUGCUUCUAUGGCUUCAAGUGCAUGGCAGUGGGUUAUGAGUUCAACCCAGGGCCUGAUGAGGGCAUUAUUCAGCUGGAGAAAGAGCUGGCGUACUUGGGUAGUGUGUGUGCUGCAGCUCUCAUGAAGAAAGACCUGGCUCUGUCCACAGGGAACGAUCUUGAAGAUGAUCUUGAAAUCCUUGAAGAGGCCUCUCUCCAGGUGUGUAAAGCCCACUCUGGGAUCCUUGGCAAGGGACUGGCUCUUACUCACUCCCCCACUAUACUGGAGGCUCUGGAGGGGAACCUGCCUCUACACCUGCAGACCAAUGAGCACUCUUUCCUGGAGGACUUCAUUACCUGUGUGCCAAACUCCAGUGGAGGCCGCCUGGCCAGGUGGCUUCAGCCGGACUCGUACGCAGACCCACAGAAAACCUCUCUCAUUCUGAACAAGGAUGACAUCCGCUGCGGCUGGCCCACCACUGUGGUCGUGCAGACCAAGGACCAGUACGGAGAAGUGGUGCACGUGCCUAACAUGAAGGUAGAGGUAAAGGCCGUUCCUGUGUCUCAGAAGAAGUCCCUGCAGCAGGAGAACAUGUGCAAGUUUCAGCGGCUGCCUGGUUCCUCUCCUGCAUCUUCCCCCUCCCCCUCCCCCUCCUCCUCCUCUUCCAGGCCCGGGACAGACCUCACCUUUGGAGGGCUACCUCUGCCCAAGCUGGAGGCCACCUAUGAGCCUAUGAUCAUUAAAGAGGCCCGUUAUAUCGCCAUCACCAUGAUGAAGGCCUAUGAAAACUACUCUUUUGAGGAGCUUCGCUUUGCUUCCCCUACGCCUAAAAGGCCAAGUGAGAACAUGCUGAUCAGGGCCAACACAGACGGAACCUACAGUGCCAACUGGACCCCUGGAGCCGUGGGGCUCUACACUAUCCACGUGACCAUAGACGGCAUAGAGACAGACGCAGGGUUUGAAGUCGAAGUGAAGGACCCGCCCAAAGGCAUGAUUCCUCCAGGGACACAGAUGGUCAAACCAAAGACGGAGCCGCAACCAAGCAAGGUCUGCAAAUUUGUGGCCAAGGACAGUUCGGGCCUGCGUGUGCGUAGCCACCCAUCUCUGCAGAGUGAACAGAUAGGCCAGGUCCAUGUUGAUGGCACCAUCACGUUCAUCGACGAGAUCCACAAUGACGAUGGGGUGUGGCUCAGGCUGAAUGAUGAGACGGUGAAGAAGUAUGUUCCCAACAUGAACGGGCACACGGAAGCGUGGUGCCUGUCUUUCAACCAGCAUUUGGGCCGAUGUCUGCUCGUGUCUGUGGACGUGGUGAACCCAGAAGGCACCUGGGUGCAGCUGGAUAAGAACAGCGUUGUGGAGUUCUGUGAGAAUGACGAAGGGGAGGCGUGGUCCCUGGCUCAAGACAGAGGAGGAAACCAAUACCUCCGUCAUGAAGAAGAGCAAGUCAUGCUUGAACAUGCAACACAUACACCUCCACCUAGUCCCUUCUCAGUCCAGGCCUUUAAUAGAUCUUCUGGAUUUAGUGGGGCUCAGGGUUUCGACUACGGCCUCUCCAGCAACAAAGGUGACCGGGGUAACCUGACCGUCUGCCCUGUUUUGCCGGCUGGGAAACUGCGACAAGAGACAUGCUUCACUAAAUCUGACAUCCACUCUGGACGGAAUUUUUCCAACCACGCAAAAAUCAAGAACGACAGCUUGUCAGCCAGUGAGGCCCUGAUCUUGAAGUCAGACACGGCAAAGCUGAAGUCAGACUGCCAUAGCCGUUCCCACUCACCCAACCAUAACACUCUUCAGGCCCUCAAGGCUGAUGAAAGGACUUCAACCCUCCGGGCUGAAUCGCCCAAUCCAGGUUCCCGUUCCUCCUCUCCAAAACAACAGAAGGGCAUCAACUCCGGUAGAUCAAGCCCAUCCUGCACUAAUUCUCCCCGCUCUACUUCUCCCCAUGACAAGAAUCUUCCUCUGAAAGGUAGUCCAUGUUCAAAGGCUCGGCUGGACCCUCCUCGCGAGAGGUCCAAGUCUGACUCCUACACUUUAGACCCUGAUACCCUUCGGAAGAAGAAGGUGCCACUGACGGAGCCUCUGAGAGGCAGGUCCACCUCACCCAAGCCAAAAAUCCCUCCUAAAGAAAGUGGCAAAGGUAGAAGCAAUGUGGAGAACCGCACGCCAUCACCCCACGUUGUCCAGGAGAACCUCCACAGUGAAGUAGUAGAGGUUUGCACCUCUGGCACCUUGCUGUCUAGCGAUGAAACAAAUGAUGAAAAUGCUGAGCUGCAGAGUGCCGAUGAGGGUUCCUGCAAGGUGCAUUUCAGCAUUGGGAAGGCUCCUGUGAAAGAAGAGCUGGAGAGCCGAUCUUCACCGAAAGUUAGCCGUAAAACCUCAAGCAGACAUUUGCGCCCUAAAAAGGACAAAUCCGUGCCACUCUUUAAGGGGGAGACUGUGCGCCAUGAGCCUGCCAAGCAGGCCAUGUCACCCUCUGUGGCAGAGUGUGCCCGUGCUGUUUUUGCUGCUUUCUUGUGGCAUGAGGGAAUCGUCCAUGAUGCCAUGGCCUGUUCCUCUUUCCUUAAAUUUAAUCCGGACUUGAACAAGGAGCACGCUCCCAUUCGCAGUUCCCUUACCUGUCAGAAAAGUAUAGACGCAAAGGAAAACAAACUUAAGAACAGGCACUCUCUGGAAAUCUCCUCUGCUCUCAACAUGUUCAACAUCUCCCCUCAUGGGCCUGACAUCUCUAAGAUGGGCAGCAUCAAUAAGAACAAGGUGCUCUCCAUGCUCAAAGAGCCGCCGCUGCCGGAGAGGUGUGAGGAGGGCAAGGGAGAGCACGUGUCGUCCUAUGAGAUGACCCGUCACUCUCCCAUGAAAUCAAAGUCCAUCUUGCCCCUCACCCUGCAGCAUCUGGUGGCAUUCUGGGAGGACAUCUCCAUGGCGACCAUUAAAGCUGCUACCCAGAACAUGAUCUUCCCCAGUCCAGGUUCCAGUGCUAUCCUAAAGAAAAAGGAGAACGAAAAGGACAGUAGGAAGUCAAAAAAGGAAAAGAAGAAGAAAGAGAAGAUAGAGGUGCGUCCCAGGGGAAACUUGUUUGGGGAGAUGGCUCAACUCGCCAUGGGAGGCCCAGAGAAGGACACCAUCUGUGAACUGUGUGGAGAGUCCCAUCCCUAUCCAGUCACCUACCACAUGAGACAAGCGCAUCCAGGUUGUGGUCGUUAUGCUGGAGGCCAAGGUUAUAACAGUAUUGGCCAUUUCUGUGGGGGUUGGGCUGGUAAUUGUGGAGACGGAGGCAUUGGUGGGAGCACCUGGUACCUUGUGUGUGAUCGCUGCAGGGAGAAGUACCUCAGAGAGAAGCAGACGGCAGCCAGAGAAAAGGUGAAGCAGUCCAGGAAGAAGCCACUGCAGGUUAAGACCCCGCGGGCGCUGCCCACCAUGGAAGCUCACCAAGUGAUCCGCGCCAAUGCCCUCUUCCUGCUGUCCCUGAGCAGUGCAGCAGAGCCCAGCCUGCUGUGCCAUCAUCCACCCAAGCCCUUCCAUGGGCACUUGCCCUGCCUUAAGGAGGGCGUUUCUGAGGAUAUGCCCAACAAAAUUGGCUGUCUCUACUUGCAGACCUUGGCACGGCAACAUACUGAAAACUUCGGGUCCUACCAGGACGACAGCUUGUUUCAAGAUGAGCUACGCUACCUGAGGUCCACAUCAGUCCCUGCACCUUACAUUUCAGUCACACCCGAUGCCUGUCCUAACGUAUUUGAGGAGCCCGAGACCAACAUGAAGUCAAUGCCUCCUAGUUUAGAGACCAGUCCCAUCACAGACAGCGACACGGCCAAAAGGACUGUGUUCCAGCGUUCCUACUCUGUGGUGGCCUCUGAGUAUGACAAGCAGCACUCUUCCCCAGCCAGAGUCAAAGCUGUUCCCAGACGCAGGGUUCACAGUGGGGAUGCAGAAGUUGGUUCCUCUCUCUUACGUCACCCUUCUCCUGAGCUCUCUCGGCUGAUCUCAGCUCACGGCUCCCUUAGCAAAGGUGAGCGUAAUUUCCAGUGGCCUGUGCUAGCCUUCGUCAUCCAGCACCACGACUUGGAGGGCCUGGAGGUUGCCAUGAGGCAUGCACUACGCAAGUCGGCUUGCCGAGUUUUUGCCAUGGAGGCGUUCAACUGGCUGUUGUGUAAUGUAAUACAGACUACCUCCCUCCAUGACAUUCUGUGGCAUUUCGUGGCAUCUCUGACCCCUUCACCCUUUGAGCCGGAGGAAGAGGAGGAUGAGGAGAGCAAAGCCAACAAGGACAAUAUGGAACAGGAGAAGGACCUAGGAGUGUGCGAACAUCCUCUCUCAGAUAUUGUUAUUGCUGGAGAGGCAGCCAACCCUCUUCCUCAUACCUUUCAUCGUCUGCUGCAAACCAUCUCUGACCUCAUGAUGUCAUUGCCUAGUGGCAGCUCAUUACAACAGAUGGCCCUCAGGUGCUGGAGCCUGAAGUUUAAGCAAUCUGAUCACCAGUUCCUGCACCAAAGCAACGUCUUCCACCACAUUAACAAUAUCCUGUCCAAAUCUGAUGAUGGAGACAGUGAAGAGAGCUUCAACAUCAGCGUCCAGUCAGGAUAUGAAGCCAUUAGUCAGGAGAUUUGUGUGGUGACCUGUUUGAAGGACCUGACCAAUGUUGUGGACAUGAAGACAUCUUCACGACCUGCUAUGAUCGGUAGCCUGACCGAUGGUUCCACAGAGACUUUCUGGGAGUCAGGAGAUGAGGAUAAGAACAAGACCAAGAGCAUCACCAUAAACUGUGUCAAAGGCAUCAAUGCAGCCUAUGCCUGUGUUCACAUAGACAAUUCUCGAGACAUAGGGAACAAGGUCACAUCUAUGGCAUUUUUGUGUGGGAAGACUGUUGAAGACCUCUGCAGAAUUAAGCAGAUGGACCUGGACUCUCGUCACAUAGGCUGGGUGAGCAGUGAGCUUCCAGGAGGGGACCACCAUGUGAUCAGGAUUGAGCUGAAGGGUCCUGAGAAUACACUUCGUGUGCGGCAAGUCAAGGUGCUCGGCUGGAAGGAUGGCGAGACCAUCAAAAUAGCUGGGCAGAUUUCUGCCGGCAUUGCUCAGCAAAAGAACUGUGAAGCUGAGACCCUUCGCGUAUUCCGCCUCAUCACCUCACAGGUGUUUGGAAAGCUGAUAUGUGGAGAUUCUGAACCCACCCCAGAACAGGAGGAGAAGAACCUGCUUUCUUCCCCAGAGGGAGAGGAUAAGGCUCCAUCAGAUGCAGACUUAAAGGAGCAUAUGGUGGGGAUUAUCUUCAGUAGGAGCAAGCUCACCAACCUACAGAAACAGGUGUGUGCCCACAUCGUUCAGGCCAUCCGCAUGGAAGCUACACGUGUGCGAGAGGAGUGGGAGCACGCCAUCUCAAGCAAAGAGAAUGCCAACUCCCAGCCCAGCGACGAUGACGCAUCAUCAGAUGCAUACUGCUUUGAGCUGCUGUCCAUGGUGCUAGCGUUGAGCGGUUCAAAUGUAGGCCGGCAGUACCUGGCCCAGCAGCUCACCCUAUUACAGGAUCUCUUCUCAUUGUUGCACACUGCUUCACCUCGCGUGCAGAGACAGGUGACCUCCCUGCUGAGGCGUGUCCUCCCAGAAGUAACACCUGUUCGCCUGGCUAGCAUUAUUGGUGUCAAGGCCUUACCACCAGCCGACAUCAGUGAUAUCAUUCACUCCACAGAGAAGGGUGACUGGAACAAGUUUGGAAUCCUGGACAUGUUUCUUGGCUGCAUUGCCAAAUCGCUGACUGUACAGCUCAAAGCCAAGGGCAGCGCUGUUGUGGGUACAGCUGGCACCACUGCAGGGAAGGGCAUCACCACGGUUACUCUACCCAUGAUCUUCAACUCCAGCUAUACAUAUCGGAAAGGGGAGAGUCACUGGUGGAUGAAGGGCUCCACACCUCCACAGAUUGCGGAGAUUAUCAUUAAGUUGGUCAAAGACAUGGCUGCUGGGCAUCUCUCAGAAGCCUGGUCCAGAGUGACAAAGAAUGCCAUUGCUGAGGCUAUCAUUGCACUCACCAAGAUGGAGGAGGACCAUCGCCUCCCAGUACGCUGCAUAGCCACAACACGGCUGUGGCUGGCCCUGGCCUCUCUGUGUGUGCUGGACCAGGACCAUGUGGAUCGCUUGUCCUCAGGCCGCUGGAUGGGGAAAGAUGGGCAGCAGAAACAGAUGCCCAUGUGUGAUAAUCAUGAUGACGGGGAGACUGCUGCCAUCAUCUUGUGUAACGUGUGUGGCAACCUGUGCACUGACUGCGACCGCUUCCUCCACCUGCACCGCCGUACACGAUCUCAUCAGAGACAGGUGUUCAAGGAGGAGGAGGAGGCUAUCAAGGUGGACCUCCAUGAAGGCUGUGGGCGGACGAAGCUCUUCUGGUUGAUGGCACUGGCAGACUCAAAAACCAUGAAGGCCAUGGUAGAAUUUCGAGAACACACAGGUAAACCUGCGUCUAGUUCUGAUGCGUGUCGUUUUUGUGGAACAAGGAACGGCACAGAGCUCUCCUCCGUAGGCAGUGUGUGCGCCGACCCUGACUGCCAGGAGUAUGCUAAGAUGGCGUGCAGUAAGACCCAACCGUGUGGGCACCCUUGCGGGGGUGUGAAGAACGAGGAGCUGUGCCUGCCCUGCCUGCACGGCUGUGAUAAGAGCACUAGCUGCCUGAAGCAGGAUGCAGAUGACAUGUGCAUGAUCUGCUUCACCGAGGCGCUCUCUGCUGCCCCUGCUGUUCAGCUGGACUGCAGUCAUGUGUUCCACCUCCAGUGCACCCGCCGAGUGCUGGAGAACCGCUGGCUGGGGCCCAGGAUCACGUUUGGGUUCAUGUCCUGUCCCAUCUGUAAGAACAAAAUUAACCAUUCGGUGAUCAAAGACCUGCUGGACCCCAUCAAGGAGCUGUAUGAGGACGUGAGGCGCAAGGCUCUGAUGAGGCUGGAGUAUGAGGGCCUCCAUAAGAGUGAAGCCAUCACCACACCUGGGGCCCGCUUCUAUGAUGACCCAGCCAGCUUCGCUAUGAACAGAUAUGCUUACUAUGUCUGUUACAAGUGCAAAAAGGCCUACUUUGGAGGAGAGGCCCGUUGUGAUGCUGAAGCAGGCCAGGGAGAUGACUAUGACCCCAGUGAACUCAUCUGUGGAGCAUGCUCAGAUGUGUCCAGGGCACAGAUGUGCUCCAAACAUGGAACAGACUUCCUGGAGUACAAAUGUCGGUACUGUUGCUCCGUGGCGGUGUUCUUCUGCUUUGGGACCACACACUUCUGCAACGCCUGUCAUGAUGACUUCCAGAGGAUGAUAAGUGUCCCAAAAGAGGAGCUUCCUCAUUGCCCUGCUGGACCCAAAGGGAAGCAGCUCGAGGGCAGUGAGUGUCCGCUGCACGUGGUCCACCCGCCCACCGGUGAGGAGUUUGCCCUGGGCUGCGGAGUAUGCAGAAAUGCACACACCUUCUAAGUCCUGAGGUCCUGUUUAAUGCCUUUGGGGGAUCCCUUGUCUGGAUUCUUGCUAACUACUGGGGCAUUUUGGUUGAGUUUUUAAGAAUAGGCCUAACAGGACGGAAUAUGACCUGUUUUGGAAACAGAAUAUGAUCAGGGAUUCAGAGGAUGUCCGUGUGGGGAAAAAAAGAGAGAGGUAGAUGUAUAAUUACCUUGGUGAAGUGUGUGCAUGCGGCUGGACCACACGGCUCCCAUAGACACUGCACAUUCCCUGACCACUGAGCAAGGAGCACGGAGGCUCCCUGCCACUUUAGAUGAACAGAACACAGGAGUCAGAAUAGAGGCAAAAAAAAGAGAUGGGCCAGAAUCAUUACUAUGACUUAAAAAAUAUUGUUGUAUGUAAACAGACUUUUUCAUAAUCCUGUACAGUAUUAUUCCCUGUUCAGUGCAUCAUGGUUUGACAGGAAAAAAAAAAAUAAAGGUACAUUCUUGUAAGCAGACAAAAAAAAAAGAACUGCUAAGGUUUGGUGUCUGAAUGAAUGACCUUGUAUAUAAUGAUAGUACUCAAAAUGGGUGUAUUCCAAAGUUGCUACUCUAUACUUCUGUUUUGUUUGGUAUUCUGAGAUGUUUUCAGCCAGAUCUUUUGACGACGUGCAAUACUGGGUGUGCCUCCUCUUGCAGUUGUAGACAUAUGGAAUGUAUGUCUAUGAAGUCACAUGAACUAUGAAGUACAUUUUUAUAUGGGUAAUUAAAGCAGCAAGCCCAUCCCCCACCCCUCAAAAAUCUUCUGUACACAGAAAAAAUGAUCCCAAUAUUUGCCAUCUUUGAAGGUUUAUGUGGAAAACUUUAAAUAUUCUGAUAAAAAUUGUUUUGUUUUCUUUGUUGUUGUCUUUUCUGUGUUUUUGACAACAUAUAUGACUACAAGUAACUAUGCUGUUGAAUGCCGAUUGAUUGCUGGAAUCCAUGGGGGGGGGGGGGGUGCAGUCAGCUCUCCAGUAUACGAGGAGCUUUCCCAACGAGGGGGUCAGGGCAUGGCGUGUGAUGAGGAACAGCUGCUCUUUAACUAAAUCAUUGUGACUUUGCUCUGUAGUAACUGUGAUGGGUGGAGUUGAAUGGUAAUAAAUGAGGGUUUCUGUUUCA